GUUCGCAUGCGCCCCGUGCAGCCCAGCCCCACCAUGGCAGCUCCUGCCACCUUCCUGCUGCCUGUCCUCUUCCUCCUCCUCCUCUGCGGGCUGGGUCCCUGCCCUGCUGCUGCCCACAGCCACCCGGAGGUGGAGUGUGUCCUCUUCAACGAGGAGUACAUGACCUGCACGUGGGGGAGCAGAGCGACACUCACGGCCAACUACUCCCUCUACUACUGGUACAGGAACACAUCCAACAAGGUGGAGUGCAAGCAUUACCUGCAGGACCAGGGCGUCAGGGUCGGCUGCCACUUCAAACAGAACGAGAUUAUCCAGUUCCAGCCUUUCCAUGUCCUUCUCAAAGCCAGCAUGGGCGGCAGGACCCUGAACAUCACCAGCAAGCGCAUGGAGCUGCAGGACCUGGUGAAACCAGAGGCGCCCGUCAACCUGACCAUCCACAACAUGAGCAACAAUCAGCUGCAGCUGACCUGGGCCACCACAUACCCCAAAGCCAAGUGCCUGGAGCACACCGUGAAGUACAAGAGCAACAAGGACACCGACUGGACGGAGCUCUCGGUGAAUGGAGAUGUCUUCUCCUUACCCAGCGUGGACUACAAGAAGUUCUACACCUUCUACGUGCGCAGCAAGAUCAACAAAUACUGCGGCAGCACCCAGCUCUGGAGCGAGUGGAGCGUUCCCGUGGUCUGGGGCAGCAACUCCACCAGCAAGGGCACAGUGCACUGGUUCUGGAUCCACACGGUCUUGAUCCCCAUUGCCUCCUGCCUGACCUUGCUGGUCCUUCUCAUCCUGCUGGUGCGCAUGGAAAGGAUAUGGGUCAUCCUAAUGCCCCGAAUUCCCAACCCCAGCAAGAAUUUCGAUGAGCUCUUCAUCACCCACAAUGGCAACUUCCAGGAAUGGGCUGGAGUCCCCAAAGACGUCGUGGAGAGCUUCAAGCCCAACUACAGCGAGCACAUCUGCUAUGUGAGCGAGCUGCCACCCAAGGACAGCUACGAACCCCUCUGGGAGAGCAGCAACCCCCCACCAUCUGCAAUGCCCGGGGCCCCAGCUGCCCCCAGCGAGCACAGCCCCUACAAGAACAGCUAUGGGAGAGUGUGA